UUUUGUUAGAGACGGCGUAAAACAGAAGAGAAGAUGGGAAGUGGAAAAAAAAAAAUUGAGAUUAAAAGAGUAGAGAAGCAAGGACAGAGAAUGGUUACAUUUUCUAAGAGACGUCGUGGUCUCUUCAACAAAGCCCGACAACUCCGAUCUCUCACCGGCGUCGACAUCGCAAUCCUCACCUUCUCCCCCGCUGGCCGUCCCUACACUCACGGCGAACCCUCCUUCGACGCCCUUGUCGAUCGUUACCUCAACACCGUCGCAGCCGGAGAGAAGGCAGAAGAGGGUUGUGAGGCUGCCGCCGCGAACCACCACCGGUUGAAUUCGUGGUUGGAUGCUCUGCAAUUCGAUGCGAGUGAUAGCAUUGAAGAUUUGGAAAUCUUGAAGAAAGGGCUUGAAGAGAUCGCAGCGAAAGUGGCUGAGAAAAUCGAUGACGUUUUUGUUGAUUCUUUGCUCGUUUGAUGAUGAAUUUAAUUGAAUUAUAUGAUGUAAUUAAGCAUUUUUUUUUUUUAUAUUAGGUAUAUAUAGCUUAUAAGUUGUUUGACAAAUUUUGUUUAGAAUUUUGUAUGUAUUGAAUUUAUUCAUCCCAUUAUAUAGGAAAAACCGUUAAAGGUAGAUCAUAUGAUAUUUAUGUUUAUAUAUAUUUUAUUAUGUGCAAUUAAUGUGCAUGGAUUUGCAUAUGCUGUAAAAGAUUAAUAUGCAAUGAAGUUGUAAUACCCAAAUUUUAAUGUA